UUUGUUGGAUACAGCCGAAGCUUAACAGUUUAAAAUAAUAGCAACGUUGGUAACAGUGCGCUUGUAAGGUGAUCCUUAUAAAAAGGGGCGAGGAUUCACUUUUAUACAGAUAUAUUGGAUUCAACUUUAUACAGUGGGGCAAACUGUCUAACAUACCUUAGAUUGAUGUUGUGGACUUUAGCCGCUGAUGUUUGAGAAUGAAUACUGGGACGAAUAAUUUAUAACAUCGAAUCUUUGCUGAUGUAGCACUUAUUAACCCAAGGUAGCCAUGGCAAAAGUAUUGCGACACUCAAACACGAAGCCUCAUGCGCCGCCGUCAAGCCAAGCGGAUCCCUUCUUUCUUUGUUUCUUUGUUCAAAUAAGGACAGAGCGCGGAGCGAAAAAGGGUUUCGUCAUCGUCUGAGCGGCAAGCGCGAUUCGACACAAAAGCAGUUAUGCCAAACCAGCAGCAUUAGUUUCGCAAGUUCGCUUCUGGCAGGGAGCGAGAAAAAGUGAAGUAUACGAAAAAGUUUUGCUUAUUAAUCAGCGCUGAAUCGCGGCAUAACAUCGGAAAUUUCGAAGUGCUUUUAUUAUCAGCGGUUGAAGUUUGGUUUAACGAAAACAGAGUUUAACGAAUAACCUUGUCAGGCAGUGGAUUCUUCAGUCUUUUUUCCUUAGACAAAACAGUGUGGUGGAAAGACGUGUUUUCUUAAACAAAAUGAAAAUCAGGCAUGGUUUGAGUCAGAAGUGUUGUCUGUCUGCUUAUUAUAACGUAGUGGUAUCGCUAUAAGCCCACUUGACAAUACCAGUUUUAAUAAAGAGUGUUACAGCAUAUAUGAUAGAUUGUCGCAGGUAUUUUGGUUAUCAGUGAAAUAAUGAUAUCUCUUUUGUUACAUGCAAAUCGUCGGUUAUUGCAUCAUAUGUUUGGUGGACUAUACCGCUAUUAGUGUACAGCUUGUAUUCGUCGAUGUUAAGCGUCAAAAACAGUUAGUCAUUCGACCUAAACUAGUUCGAACAACUAAAGUAAAGCGAAAUCCUUUUAUUAUAGUUGCUCUACGUAUUAGGCCCAUUUCGAAAUCUGCGGGCGGUAAACGAUUUGAUAUCAAUUGUAAAUUCUUUUCUAUUUUCCUAGAAAUCUUUUUGUGUGUUUAACCUGCAGUUCAAGGCCAACUGUUUGCUCUCUGUCGGUCAUGAAGAAAUUUAUUACGCUUCAAGCUGUUCUGCUUAUCGUCGCUGUCGCAUGCGCCCAGAUUCUGGUUGAUCAAGACCACGAUCAUCAUGAGGAAGAAUCUUCUUUUAACCAUCUGGCUGAAAUCACCGGCUCUGCAUCGGAAGACUUCAUUGAUGUACCGGCCAUCACUAACCUGCUUGAAAUGCUCAAGACAAGAGUCGAAUGCGAGGCUGGUCAAACUUGCAGUACAUGCCUGAAGUAUGAAACGGUCAGUUCCCUUCUAAACAUCGGUUCCAACGUCACCCAAUUUACUGAGGAAUCUUUCGCUGCGCCCGCGGCUCUCAUAAUGACCAUGCUUGCAAACGAUACUUGUACUGGAAUCAAUACAAAUGCGUUGGUCGGCAGUACACUUUGUGGUCCUGACGUAAUAACCACCAUCCGCGCCACUUCUCCAAGAUAUCACAGAAACGAAAACAACACCCAGUGCUUCAACUACGCGACAGUAAUUGGAACCAACUGUACCGAACACACGGAAGAUGUUAAUUAUAAACUACUGGCGAACUUAUACGAAGGCCAAUGUAUCCUGCCAACUCCAUCCGAAAUGGAAGACGAGCUGUUUGAAAGCUUGGGAGUGGAAGGAGACGUUGUUUCUGAUGCAGCGUUUUCUGCUUUGCUUGCUAAGCUUCAGGUUGGACAAACAUACAGCACCGGUGGGUCCGUCACGCCGAUUGAGCCUGCGACCGACACCGGGCAUGAUGGUCACAACCACAGACGAAAGAGGGAAACUGACGAACAUGAUCACGAAAAAAGGUGUUACACCAGAGAUCAGCUGAAGAACAUUUAUGGCUACACCACCAACAUGACACGCAGCGAGAUGCUGAGCGUAUCACCAAGUCUCCUGCAGCAAGUCGCCUCCGCGUCAUGUCUCGUUAAUGCUACCGACAACACCACAACACCUGCAGCCACAAGCAGCAAUUACACACAAGCGCAAAAAUUCGGUUACGGUACAGCGGCUGUGGUCGUCAUCAGCAUGUUAGCGUUCGUAGGCAUCCUCACGUUCCCAACCCUCAAUUCACCAGUGUUCAAAAUGAUUACACAAUUCUUUGUGGCACUCGGAGUGGGGACGCUCUCUGGUGAUGCAAUUCUCCACAUCAUUCCUGAGGUGCUUGGGAUCCACGCACAUACACCUGGAGAAGAUCAUACCGAUGACUACACCUAUUUAUACAAGUUGGUGGUCGUCAUUGCAGGGCUGUAUUUACUUUAUUUGUUUGAAAACAUAAUAAAGGUCGUGCGACUGCAACGUCUGCAAAAAGAAAGGGGUCCUGACUUUGACAUGGAAGCGACUUCCAACAAACAUGGACACAGCCACAAUAUCCAUCAGUUAAAUUCAUCAACAAGCGACCAAGCAAACCAAACAGAUACUGCUUCUUAUGAUACGGAGUCAAUGAUAGAAAGCAAACCAAUUUUCUGUGGUAUUAACUCGGUGAGCCUCAUGAUCCUCCUGGGUGAUUCCUUCCACAACUUCGGUGACGGUAUUGCUAUCGGAGCUGCCUUUGGUGUGAAUUGGGUAACCGGCAUUGGAACUUCACUUGCAAUUUUCUGCCAUGAACUGCCACACGAAUUUGCUGACUUUGCCAUUUACAUCAACAACGGGUUGCCAAAAUGGAAAGCAUUGUUUCUUAACUUUUUCUCGGCCUGUUGGUGCUUUGUUGGGCUUUACAUAGGACUUGUUCUAUCGGAUGACACGGCGGUCAGACAAUGGCUUCUCGCUGUCGUAGCGGGAAUGUUUCUCUAUGUGUCAUUGGUCGACAUUCUGCACGAGAUGACCGAGGUACGAAGCAAUAAGCCGGUCAUUAUGUUUUGUAUUCAAAACUUUGGAAUGAUCCUUGGGUGGGUGAUUCUCUUCCUCAUAGCACUUUAUGAGGAACAACUUGUUAACUCGAUUAAUCCUUCAAGCUAAAAAAGUGUGAUUUACAAAGUUUAAUUGCGCUUUUUUGUAAAAACAUAUAUACUUUUGAGUGUUAAUAUACGUAGCCUUUUUACUAAAUCAGCUAAAAGUGUGUGUUAAGAAAGUUUAAUUGUGUUUUUGGUAGAAAUAUAUAUUCUUCUGAGAGAUACUAUACCAUACGUAGCCUUGUUUACUAAAAUAUACAUAAUUAAACAUUUGUAAAAAUAAA